AUGCUGCUAGAUAACGAUCAUUUUCUACUGGAAUUGACCAAACUAUUCCAACAGCAGCGUGUGAAAAACUCUGGAUCAUUAUGUUUAACCAUGAAGCGGUACAGUGGACAGACAAAGCCCAAACCACAACUAACCAAAAAGCAACGAUUGGAACAGAAAAAUGCCUCGACACCAACGGCAACAACUUCAGCACAUUCCCCAACAACGAAUGAACCGGUAGAAUACAAAUGUCUUGUGCGUGCGGGAUUUGGUUCGAAAAAGUUAUCGACCGUCGUUUCCGCCAAGGACAUCAAUCGUUUUCAAUUGGCAUACUCGAAUUUAUUAAAAGCUAACAUGGAUACAUUGAAAAAGAAGGCUAAGGAAAGUAAAACAGCAGGUCAAGCAUCUACUACGAAUCCAAAUAGUAAUAUUCCAUCAUCACCAGUACUAUCAUCAUCGUCAACUGCUGCUAAUCAACAGAAGAAAACGCCGACAACACCAGCAAAGAAGAAGUAA